UCCACUCUCGAAGACCAUCUACACCUCCUGAUCGCGGCAAGCAGACUACGAUCUGCUAUACGCCCGGUUCACACGAGUUGGCUGCUUCAUACCGCAUCAUGGCCAUUCAUCCCGAGAUCUCCAAUGUCCGCGUCGAGCUGCCGCCACCUGCGACUUCGUUCGAAAGAGUCGAGGCUUGGACAGUCUCUCAGGCGGCCGACGUUCUUGCUGCGACUUCCCUGUCUCCACGCUCUGCAAGAGGUACUUCCGUUACGAUCGAUAUCUCUCUCGACGAGCAGGUUCUGAGCGAAGAUCCUCCACGACCUCGGCCUGAGGCAGUCCACACUGUCUACAAGCGUCAUGAGCCCAUCCGCAGGGAUAGUCAAAAGCGCCGAGAAGCCUUGCAGAAAGGCAAAGAGGGCAGCAGACGUAGGCAAAGAUGGGAGAACGAUCGCUUGCUGAACAAUCCUCAUGCGGAGCCGCCUCUUCCUAGCGACUGGCAGGUGCAACCUACACAUCCAGUCCACAGUGUGCCAUACUUUCUGGCACCAUUGUGGGACGCGGAAUAUGCACGGAAACAGCACGAACGCCAAAGGCGCGUUCAAGCUGGCAAGCAGUAUGCUAGCAAGGAAGAGGCCGCCGCGGCAAAAGUCACGCAAGAACUGCGCGCUAAGCUCAAGAAAUCGAGAGGCGCAAAAGGUCUGCUGCAAGACCUCGAAGAAGAAGUUCGCGGCUUCGUGCAGCAGUGGGAAGAGAAGCAGAAAGAGCUUGAGAGUGAGGGCUUAAUAGAGCCUGACAGCUCUGAUGAAGAGAUUGUCUUCGUGGGUAGGAAUGGGGCUAUGAGUGACGAGCGCAAACGAGAGAAGCAGCGCCAGCACUUGGAAAAGGACAAGCUCAUCUUCCAAGGUCUACUCGACGACCACGGCGCUGCCUUUGGCCGUUAUCUCGUCCAUUCAAUAGCCGCAUAUUAUGGCUUGAAGACCUAUUCAAUCACCACUGGGAAUCCAGCGCGUCGCGAAGCAUACGUCGGCCUGAAGAUCGACCCUAAGACGCGUCGACCUAGUUUGACGCGUACGGAGAUGCCUCGACCGCUGUGGACGGUAGUAUGAGAGUGUUUAAAUCCUUUGACUUUUCGCAUAGUACAUUCGAUACAUCGUAUUGGACCAGGCGACUGCGAUAUUAUAGAUUGAUGUCGGCAUUUGCGGCACACAGCAAAUUCAACCUUCGUCCUCCUUC